ACCCCCUGACACCUGACUUUGGAGCCAGCCCCUACUCAGAGCAGAACACAGAGGCCCAGCUAUGAGAGAGAGAGCCAGGAUUUGAACCCGAUGAAGACGCUGCGGCCCAGAGAGGGGCAGUGACUUGCCCAGGCUCGCACAGUGAGCUUCUCAUCCCAGGACCCCUGGUUUCAUACCUGGUCUCGCCGCUCAGACCUCAGGCUGCCUCCCAGGUCCUCUGGGACAGCCCCGGCCUUCCACCAGCCAGGAGCAUGGGCAGCAAUAAGAGCAAGCCCAAAGAUGCCAGCCAGCGGCGCCGCAGCCUGGAGCCCACGGAGAAUGCCCACAGUGGCAGCGGGGGGGCCUUCCCCACCUCACAGACCCCCAGCAAGCCGGCCUCCGCUGACAGCCACCGCGGCCCCAGCGCAGCCUUUGUCCAGGCCGCCGCCGAGCCCAAGUUGUUUGGAGGCUUCAACUCAUCGGACACGGUCACCUCCCCGCAGAGGGCGGGGCCGCUGGCUGGUGGAGUGACCACCUUUGUGGCCCUCUAUGACUAUGAGUCAAGGACAGAGACUGACCUGUCCUUCAAGAAGGGUGAGCGGCUCCAGAUUGUCAACAACACGAGGAAGGUGGAUGUCAGCCAGACCUGGUUCACAUUCAGAUGGCUGCAAAGAGAGGGAGACUGGUGGCUGGCCCACUCGCUGAGCACAGGGCAGACAGGUUACAUCCCCAGCAACUACGUGGCGCCCUCCGACUCCAUCCAGGCCGAGGAGUGGUACUUCGGUAAGAUCACCAGGCGGGAGUCGGAAAGGCUGCUACUCAACGUGGAGAACCCGAGAGGGACCUUCUUGGUGCGUGAAAGCGAGACCACAAAAGGCGCCUACUGCCUCUCGGUGUCUGACUUCGACAAUGCCAAGGGCCUCAACGUGAAGCACUACAAGAUCCGGAAGCUGGACAGCGGUGGCUUCUACAUCACCUCCCGCACCCAGUUCAACAGCCUGCAACAGCUCGUCGCUUACUACUCCAAACACGCCGACGGCCUGUGCCACCGCCUCAUCACAGUGUGCCCCACGUCCAAGCCACAGACCCAGGGCCUGGCCAAGGACGCCUGGGAGAUCCCCCGCGAGUCGCUGCGGCUGGAGGUCAAGCUCGGCCAGGGCUGCUUCGGGGAGGUCUGGAUGGGGACCUGGAACGGCACCACGAGGGUGGCCAUCAAAACCCUGAAGCCGGGCACCAUGUCUCCAGAGGCCUUCCUGCAGGAGGCCCAGGUCAUGAAGAAACUGAGGCACGAGAAGCUGGUGCAGCUGUAUGCAGUGGUGUCUGAGGAGCCCAUCUACAUUGUGACUGAGUACAUGAGCAAGGGGAGCCUGUUGGACUUUCUCAAGGGGGAGACGGGCAAGUACUUGCGGCUGCCUCAGCUGGUGGACAUGGCUGCUCAGAUUGCCUCGGGCAUGGCGUACGUGGAGAGGAUGAACUACGUCCACCGGGACCUCCGUGCUGCCAACAUCCUGGUGGGCGAGAACCUGGUGUGCAAAGUGGCUGACUUCGGGCUGGCUCGCCUCAUCGAAGACAACGAGUACACUGCCCGGCAAGGUGCCAAAUUCCCCAUCAAGUGGACGGCUCCCGAAGCUGCCCUGUACGGCCGGUUCACCAUCAAGUCUGACGUGUGGUCCUUUGGGAUCCUGUUGACGGAGCUCACAACCAAGGGACGGGUGCCCUACCCUGGGAUGGUGAACCGCGAGGUGCUGGACCAGGUAGAGCGGGGCUACCGGAUGCCCUGUCCGCCCGAGUGCCCCGAGUCUCUGCAUGACCUCAUGUGCCAGUGCUGGCGGAAGGAGCCUGAGGAGCGUCACACCUUCGAGUACCUGCAGGCUUUCCUGGAGGACUACUUCACAUCCACCGAGCCCCAGUACCAGCCCGGCGAGAACCUAUAGGGAGCAGGCCCCCGGGGCUGCCCUGGACUCUCAGCUGGGAUCCUGGGCGGGCAGCACCUCCCACAGGGUCCUGCUUCCCGCCGCUGCCCUCCACCCACCUGUCCUCCCUUCGUGGGGCUGAAUUGCCAGGGAUAAGGCCCCUUCUCUCCUUGUGGCUGGAAGGGCGUAGGGUCCUGGGGUAGCCCUUGAGGCAGCUGGGGGCUGGCACCCACUGUCGCCCCACGUCUCCUCCCAGCACUCCCUCUGUGAGCUCUGUGGGUCUCAGCAGGAGGAACUGGAAGGACUGGGGCAAGGGCCCCUUUCCCAGCCUCUGCCUGCUCCACACAUCUGACCCCUUCUCCACUUACCACGCCAACCAGGUCUGUCUCAAGAGCUAGCCCAAGAGCCUUUCCAAAGAGGGGCCCCUGGACUCUGCCUGCCCCCACCCUCUCUUCCUACCACCAGUGUCUGGAACACCUGUUGGUGGGGACCAUGGGUCCAAACCCCUCUUCCGUCUGCACCCUGGCUGGGCAGCCAAGGUUCAGUGGACUUGUGGAUGCCAGGUAGUAUGGGUACCUCCUUCCUAUCCUGGCCUGCUUAGAGAUCACCACUAAGUUCUUGCCCCCAUGGGGAAACUGAGUCCAGAAACGGGGGCUGUGACUUGCCCCAGCCCACAGAGCAGUUCAAGCUUGAGGUAGAAUUAGAACCUGGUACUCCCGCUGUCUUCCUCAGGAACCACGAGCUUUGUCCCUGGAGGCCUCUUGGACAAAGUGGGGGCAGCCAAGGGGCCCAACAGAGAGAGAAUGGUGUUGCCAUUCCCUGCUGCGGGUCUCAGCAGGGCCAGCUCGGGUGGAGAGUGGAGGAGAUGUGCUCAGAAUGCAGGGAGGAGCCUUCCAUCAGAAUGUGGGUGGUAAUUGACCUUUGCAGCUAGUUGGCCAAGAAAGGUAGUGAGCCCUCAGGCUCCAGAGGCAAUCAAGCAGAAUAUAGAAGAGCCAAGAGACGGGGGAGGCCCUGACCUGGCUUGUGGGGGAUCCCUGGGGUUCUUGCUCCAGUUUGUCCUAUGGCAUUUCAAGGCCAGACUCUGUUCUUCUCUCCAAGCUGGCACUCCUGAACGCCUUUGUAGGGAAGGAGUACCAGGCUGGACCCAGGGGAUGAGGCUGUCCACUGCCAGGCACCAGGCCUGGCUGUGUGAUCUCAGGCAGCCCCCACCUCUCUUGGGGCUGCAGUGUCUGCCCCUUAUCAUGUGACCAUGACCUCAUGAUUGCCCAGCACCUAGCUCGGAGCGAGUCCAGCCCUAGGGCCAUCUGGAGACUGUUUUGACCAUGGCGCUGCUGUUCAGCAUCUGUGGUGGCCUUUCCUGGGUCCUCAAUGUGCCCCUUUGUAAAAGGGUUGGCUGACAGCGUGUGGGCAUCUUGCCAGGGCCCGUGUGUGUGUGUGCGCGUGUGUGCGUGUGUGCGCGUGCCUCCAUGUGUGUCCAUAUUUAACAUGUAAAAAUGCCCCUACGCAGUCACCCUGACGUGUGCAUUUCACCACGGCCCCCACCAUAGCAAUAACACUCCCGCUGCCUGGGUUUCUUGAGCCAGCCAGGCCCUCCAGUGGGGAAGGGAGGCCAAGCAGUGCCUGCCUAUGAAAUUUCAACUUCUCCUCUCAUACGUGUUGAUUACCAAGUCCUCUCCCAUCCGUCCUAGUCCAAUCUGGGUGCGCUCACCCCAGUGUGCUCUCCAACCCCAUCCCUUCCCUCACCACUGCCCACUGCCCAAGGCCCUUGGUUCAAGGUGUUUUAGUAUUGAUCUUUUCUUUUCCUUUUUUAAAAAAAUUAAACCAGUGUUUUGUAGAUUUCAGAUGACUAUGCAGAGGCCUGGGGGAGCCCCCCAGCUCUGGGCAAGGCUUUGGGGUCCCACAUUCCAUGGCCCAGGCUUGGGGGGCAGGGAGGGACCUAGGAUUGGUUGUAAAUACUUUGCAUAUUGUCUGAUUAAACACAAACAGACCUCA